AUGGAACAGCCGGCAAAGCGCAUGCGCAUACUGCAAUCAGUCGAGGUCGACGAAGACAAUGCCGAAUACACCAAGGCCAAGCAGAAACAACAACAGAAGCUCAAAAGCCGAUUUGAGUCUAUAUUUGAGAAAUUUGGAAAUAUGAAUCCAUCUCAAAGCGACGAAAUCGACUUCAACACAAACCGGGUGGUCGUGGAUAGAGGCCAUCUGCGGAGAAUAAAGCGUCAAAGCAAUGGCAAAGAGAAGACGUUGCUGGAAUCAAUUGUGAUGGGAUCUGGGAGCCAUUCAGAGGACGAUGAAGAUGAUGACGAGGAGAAGGGAGAGGGGGAAGAUUCGGAGGACGAACUGGCACCCCCGCAGCUGGUCAAGCCCAAGACUGCUGAAUCGCCCGAGCAAGACACGAGCAAACAACAGACCGCAGCCACAGACACCGAUGCUCCACAGCCUGCAACAUCUCAACAAGACUUGCCAACAACAUCCAUACCGCACUUCGGCACUCCACAAACACCCUAUCCUCCGAAUUCCACCGCAGACCUCCUACGCCAGGUUCAGUUUCCACAAACACCUGCGGGGCAGCAAGCACAAAACGCUUUUCACGCAAGCCUACUGCAGACAAUCAAUCAAGCGAUACACCAAGCCGUCAGCGGGUUCAUACUGCCGAACGCCCCAAUACCCUUCGCAAACGCCGCACCUCCGCCGAUUACUCCGAUAACAACAGAUGACAAAGUCGCGCCUGCGACGGACCCGAAAUGGUUCUUUCCGCCUCUGUCUGUACAACCGCGCCAAUGUCCAAUCGCCCAGUCGAGUCCCCUCACAAGCUAUGCGACGGCACCAAUAGCGAAAGAGACCGAUCAAGAACACUCCCACACUAUCUCAAUGGGAGUCGCCAAGGAAAAGUCUGCUGUCUCAAUACGUACAAGACCGGAUGAAAGCUCGCCAACGCGACCCCGUCGGACCAGUCCACGUGUUGAGAUCCAAAGGCGCAUCCCCAGGACUGCAAGGAAAUAUCAUUUCACUCGCGAAGAUGAUGUGUACAUAAGCAAGCGUAGGGCAAUAGAGGGUGCAUCGUGGGCCGGCAUCAAAGACGGUCAGCAAAAGUGGAAGGAGUGGCCAAUAAGCGCACUUCACAAUCGCUGGAAUGUGAUCAAGAAUCAGAAUCUUCACCUGCAAGAACCUGCUGUAGCUCCUACGGGUUGUCACGUUGUCGGGGACAACCAGGUCUCCAAGGAACACCAUCCCGACGUACCAAAGCCGCCGCACCAUCUGCCGACACCAAGUUCAUCCGAGCAUGAAGAUUAUCAUCAGAGCCUUGUCCGGUCCACAGAAGAUGGUGUUCAGAAUCUGCGAUCGUCGAGCACGCAUUAUGAUGACGAUGAGCGUGAUCUGUUAUCUCUUGCUGGCGAUGAUUCCGACGAGGAUCAACUCCCGGUAAACCACGACGACGACGAUGCACUUUUAGACACAUCAGGAGAUGUGAUACUGCCGUCCAUCGAGACGAGAGAUUUGAUCGAUGAAGAUACACUACAAAGCGACUUGCUUGCAGAUUUACCAACGCAAGACGACAUCGCAACUCCAGUCCGGGAAUCCUCCUGCAUAGCAAUAAAAGCCGAGCCGGCCUUCUCUUCGCCAACUACACUUCGAGUACGAAAGCAUGCAACACCACUCGCCGAAGUGAUACCCGACUCACAAGAUACCGAAGAGGUGUUACCGGACGACCUCGCCCAACCAUUCCCUCAAACUAUCGACAACAAAUCCUCGGGAAUUUUCAACCCCGCCACUGUCCAACAACAAAAUCAGCAAAACACGCAUGUCAACUCCCGCCGGAAAAGCCCAUCCCUCGACCUCAUCGGCACCUCCGCCGACGACGAACUCCUCCCAUCACCGCCCAACCCAACAACUCCAUCCUUGAACCGUGCCCACGAACCAGCUACCCCGCAAACCGCUAUCCCCUUCACCACAUACCAAACACCCAAAGUUCGCAAUGCCGACGGCAGUAGCGACAAAGGCAGCAAAUCCACAUCGAAAGCCGACAGAAAGGCCUUUCACAAACGGAUCAAGAGGGAAUGGACGAGGAAAGGGACACCAGCGAAGGACAGUGCGGCGAAGAGAAGGAGUUUGGGAGGAUUGGAAGUGAGGAAACGGAGAUGGGUGGAUGUUGAUGGGGACGGGAGUGAGGAUGAACUCGCUAAGUUUUGA